GAUCUUCGCCACGCCAUUAAAAUCGAAUAUAUUCAUCAAAUCUACGAUUUACUAUUUUUAUUUACAACUCUAUCACAACCGUUUAAAUUCCAACGAUAUUGUUUUUUGGAAUCGAUCACAAUGAAUAUAAAUAAAAUAAAAAUAAUCACCAAUGCAACGCCGAAUCGUAUCAUGAAGCGAUAAUGCUUGAAAUUCUGAGAGAUGGCUUUUGGAGCAGCAGUUAUCAAAACACAGUGACUAGUGACUACAUAAAACUACAUAAGGUGUUGUCGUACGGGGGUAAGAAAAAUGCCAGAGAACCGGAGAUACUUAGUUGGAAGGUGCAUAUAAUAGACGACGGUAUUAAGCAAUAUCCAUGCACAUAAGCGGUUACGCACGAGAACCGGUUCUCCUGAAUCUUUACUCUUGAAAGGCUAAGUUUCCGAACGGUCAAAACGGCACAAGGUGAAAGUAGAAUGAUAAAAGAAAAAUUUCGAGUUCCCAGAAUGAGUAUCACCCGUUGAAGCAUCUGGGUGGCAUGUACAACGUGACUGAGAAAAAGAUGCAUACAUUGUUUGACUACAAUUUCGUGGCUGGACUCUUGCGUUCGGUAUGGGCUGUUGGCUAACCUAAUUCGUGAAGCUGAUCGUAUUUCGCGAUCGCAUAUACCAACGUGAAUAUAACUACGGAAAAUAAACACAUACGUAUCGUGGUGUGAUUAUCGUCACGUUAACGUUAAUCAUAUCAUCGUGGAGAUUAAGAUUAAGAGAUCGUCAUAGAGUGCAACGGUUCACUACCAAAUUGUUUACAAUGGCUGUGCCUAACAAGUGGGAGAAUGCUUGUAGAUUAUGCUCAGAAGAGAAAAACGAAAUGCUGUCGAUUUUUGGUAACGAAGGUGUACAGCGUAAAGUGGCACAAAAGUUACGUGCUUGCCUGCCAGUUCUAGUGUACAAAACCGAUCCACUGCCAAAGCAAAUAUGUCAGUUCUGUGCCGCCAGGUUGGACGACGUUUAUGAGUUUAGAGAAUACUGUCUGAGCGUUUACAAAAGCAUGCACUUGAAGCUGUUAGCUUAUAAGAACAUUGAAUCUGUUCAGAUUUAUUUAGAAGCGAUGAAAAAUUCUCCUGAUCCCUGUCAGGCCCAACUAUGGAGAGAAAAGGCUAGAGCACCACCGCCAUUAGUACCUUUGCCAGUUUCACUGCCAGUUGAAAGUCCAUCAAUGCCAAUAGAUAUUAGUCAAGACCAUCAAAAUAGUUGCAUUGAAUCAUUACCUGAAUUGCCAUGUGAAGUAGAGAUCAAAGAAAUGACUACAGAACCAAUAUUGGGAAUAGGUGUUAAUGUAUAUGAAUCAUCACAUAAAAACAACAUAGAAAAUGAAUUAUAUAAUAAGUUAGAUAUAAUAGUGGAACAAAAUACAAGUUUAUCAAAAGAGGAAAGCAAUGACUCAAGACAAGGAAUACAGGUAAAAGAAGAAGAAAAGAGGACGAGUAUUUUAGAACAAGUACUAAUGGGUAGUUUAACAAUGAAUGAUAGGAAGGACUUAAAUUCAGAAACAAAGCUAUCCUCUAAGUGGUGGUGUGCUCCUUGCAAUAGUUAUUAUAAAACAAAGGAAAGUUUAAUGAAACAUAUGCAGUUACACUGUCCAAGAAAGUAUAAUUGUAGGAAAUGUUCUGCUUGUUUUGAGUUGGUAGAAGAUUUGGCUAAACAUGAAGCUACUAAUCAUUUAAAAGUAACAUUAGACUUUGAUAGAAGUGUUCUAGAUUGUGACCAAUGUGAUAGACAAUUUGUUAGUUGGGAGAUGCUGAAGAAACAUAGAUUACGUGAUCACUUAACUCAGAUAAAUGAAAUUGGGUCUAAUACAUGGUGCUCUUUAUGCAAUAGAUUUUUCCCAAGUAUGGAAACUUAUCAAAGUCAUAUUCAAUUACAUGAAGUCAGUAAUUACACACCAACGAAAAUAUUACACCUAACGAAUCAACAAUCGGCGAAGGUUCUCAAAAGUGAAGAACCUUCAAAAGAAGUGAAGAGGGAACAUUUUACAGACACUACUAAGUCACUUACAUGUCCUACUUGUGGAAAAAUUUGUACUCAACAAAGUGCGUUAUCAAAUCACAUGCGUACUCAUGAACCAAAAAGGCAUAAAUGUGAUAUAUGCGGACGAUCAUUUGGACUUUUCAUACGUCUAGCAGCACAUAGAAUGAGUGAACACAGUCAACAACCUACAAUGUCGCCUGUAAUGGCUAGCGUUGAACAAGAAGAAGCAUUAAAUGCCGAAAGGGAAGCUAAAGAGGCAAGAGAAGCUAGAACUCGUGCAUCAAGAACUAGAACAUAUUCAGAGAUGAUAGAAAGAGAAGAUAUUCCUAAUCAUGAAGAACCACCUUUAAAAAGAAACGUUCCAUUAAAUACCAAUGCAUUUAAAAAUGUGGCAAGAUGUGGUAUCUGUUUACAGUGGUUCAGCGAUCACACUACAAUGUUAACGCAUUUACAGACACAUUCGGAUAAUUUCACUUGCAAAAAUUUCAUGUGUCAUAUAUGUAAAAAAUCUUUCAAGGAAAAGUGGCAAUUAUUUAGACACGAGGUAUCUCAUAAACGAAAUGAAUCUGCAUCAGUAUAUAUAUGCACAGUAUGUAACAAAUCAUUCGUAGAUAAAAAUGCAUAUAAAGUACAUCAGAAAACGCACAUUGUUGACAAAACAUAUCACUGUCCUAAGUGUAAUAAAAUAUUUUUUAAAGAAGUAUCUCUGCUAACUCAUCAAUGCACGGCAGAAAUUGUGCUCGGUAAAAAAGGAGUAUCCUCAAAGUCUUCGCAAAAGUCUGCGUCGUUGAGUAACAGUAAAAGAUAUAAAUGUUCCAAAUGCAAUGCGUCUUUCAGUAGUUUUCAAUCGAAAAACUCUCAUAUGAGAGUGCAUAUGGAAAGUUCACAUACAACGGUGCGAAAACAAGAUUUAAAGGAGGAAUCAGAAGAAGAAAAAACUAUGCCAAAAUUAACUCCUGAAACAUCAUUGGAAUAUUCGGUUCCUCCUAUUGAACCAAAAGUAGAAAUAAACGAGGAAAGUACACCACCUCCUGUUAAACGAACUCUAAUCAGGACAACUGGCGGGUAUCGGUGCGGAGUAUGUCAAUCUCCAUUUGUUUUACGGGAACUAGCUGUUGCACAUUUAAGAUCUGCACAUCCUCUGAUGCCAUAUCAGUGCCCUUAUUGUAAGAAACGAUUCACCACGCAAUAUACAUUCACGCAUCAUAUUAAGACAGAUCAUCCUGAUGAGCACGAGAAUUGAAUUGUAUAAGUCAACAUGCCAAACGAUUAUUAUACCAUAAAAUAAUGCCUUUGAGAAUGGGGUAACUUUUGUUUAUACAGAGUGGUAACAACUAAUACGAUGCUCAAGUUUUAAACUAUUUGCAGCUAUGUAAAAGAGGAAAAUUUUGAACCAAAAUUUGUUUUCGUAAAAUUAAAAUUGAAAUUGAAAUUCAUUUUUUUCAAUUUAUUACAAAAUUUCUUAAUAAAACAUAAUAUAAUAUGUUUUUUAAUUCAUUCUAAAGUCCUCUAUAAUGUAAUGAUCUUAAUUUUGUUAUGAAAACAAACUAUUUUUAAAAUUGAUUAUGGUUAUUUGUAGUAUACUGGAUACUGAUAAAUUUUGGUUCAUAAUUUCUUUUGUUACGUGACAGCAAAUGGCCAAAGAGUUGUUGAUGUCGCGUUAGACAAAACACCCUGUGUAUAAGAGAUUUAUAUAAUUACAUAUAUACUUACAUACUGUGCACUGUUAAAAAGAAGUCCCGCGGAAGGACAGAUUCAACACAAUCGUAAAGAAUGCGUAUUGGUGGAAAGUGUCACAUGAAUAAAUAAAACAAUAUAGCAACGCGUGACAGUGAGCGAUAGAGAACGGUAUGGUACCCUCUCUUGACCCUGUGCCGUGCCGCAGGACUGCUUUCCAACAGCGCACUAUAUAUGUAUUAACAGUUAUCGGUUUUAUGCUGAAGCUGUUUUAUUUAAUAAUCUGGCACUCUAGUUCCUGAACAAAAUAAUUGGCCUUAAAUAAAAAUUUUGUAGUUUUCUUUGGUGAAAAAUGGAAAAAAAUAUAUAUAUUAUAUAUAUUCAUAAAUAAAUAUAGAUUGUGUUGAACGAAAUAUAGUUUUUAAUAAUGAAUAAGUAUCAUUUAUUAAUAGGAGACUGGAAUAGAACUAGUACUUAUACUGAACGUGCCUAUUUAAGUACUGUAUCAUAGUGCUAUACGAGUUUUUAGUCAAGUUGAUUUAUAAAUGCCGAAGAGACGUAUUAUCGUAUUAGAUAUUAUAUUAGGUUGACCCAAAAGUUUCUUUCAUUUUAUACGGAAAUAAUAGAUCCACAACAUUUUUUGUUUUAUAUUAUUUUUUUGAAUUAUGUAUGAUUCAUUUUGUUCCAAUAGAAUUUUGUUCUAUGAAUAGAAUAGAAUUUUGUUUUCAAUAAAAUAAUAUAAAACAAAAAAUGUCAUGCAUAUUGUAUUAUUGUGUAUUAUUUCUUUAUAAAAGGAAAGAAACUUUAGGUCAACCUAAUACAUAUAUGUCGUUCAUUAGCGAUAGUUCUACAGAGUUGUAUAAAAGUGUUAUAUAUAUAUAUUUAUAUAUAUAUACAUUCAUUUAUAUCAUCCAUUAGCAUUGACAUACAUUCCUCUUUCUUUCACAAGGAAAUUUUGGAAAUCCUAAAAAGCUGUUUUUAUUUUUUCCUUCUUUCCUAAUAAUUUUAAAUUAAUUCUAGGAAAACUAGAUAAUAAAAAUAAACCUAGCAAAUAAAAGCAGAUAAGUAAACUUACCGUUACUGUAAAUUAUUAUUAUUGUUUUAUUUUAUAUAUAGAAUAUUUACAAUAAAAGGUCACUACCAAGAGAAAGCUUUGUACGCUUAUUAAAUAAACUUUUAUUACAGAAAACAA